AUGAACGCUGCACAGGUCCUCCUUCUUAAAAUCCAUGCAACAAAGAAUUGUUCUGGAGUUUCUCUCAAAACACAAGAACUCUAUGCGAUCGUGUUUGUUACUAGAUAUCUCGAUCUAUUGUUUUCUUUCAUUAGUUUGUAUAACACGAUAAUGAAGUUGAUUUUUAUAGGUUCUAGCGCGUGCAUCAUUUGGUAUAUCCGUUUUCACAGGGUUGUCAGCCAAACUUAUGAUAGGGAGCAAGAUACGUUCCGAGUAAUAUUUCUGAUACUGCCUUGCCUCCUACUUGGAAUAUUCAUAAAUCAUGAGUUCACAAUAACCGAAAUUUUAUGGACUUUCUCCAUCUACCUUGAAGCUGUCGCUAUUCUACCGCAACUUGUUUUAUUGCAACGUACAAAAAAUGUUGAUACGCUUACGGGAAAUUAUGUAUUCUUACUCGGAGGGUAUAGGGCGCUUUACCUAUUAAACUGGAUUUAUCGCUUUCUCACAGAGCCGGGUUAUCGGCAAUGGAUUGUUUGGAUCAGUGGGACUAUACAAACCGCAAUAUAUUGCGAUUUCUUUUACUACUAUUUCCAGUCUUGGAGGCGAAAUGAAAAAUUGUCUUUACCCAGUUAG